AUGUUCCUCGUCCCCACCCUCCUCGCAAUAGCUCUCCUCACCACUUCCACUCUUGCGCUACCGCCCCCGCCGCGGACGGUAGACGGCGCGUGUGCGACGCACGUCGGCGCGCGGGUGUUCACGACCACAAACUCUGGGCAGUAUGGGGCAGCGGCGGUGGACGUGGACGAGGACGGGCUGGUGGACGUGGUGCUGACAUUUUUGGGUGGACCCGGGGUCGUUUGGUUCAAGUCGCUCGGCGGUGGCGCGUUUGGGUCGGAAGUGGCCGUGGCCGGCAUGGCGAGCUGUACAAGUGGGCAUCCGGGUGUUGGCGACGUGGUUGUUGACGGCCGGUGGGACGUCGCUGUGCCAUGCCGUUCUCUCAACGAGGUCUGGCUCAUGGUUAACGACUUGGGGACGACGUUUACGAUCGUCUCGCUGACCGGCAACAUUGGGACGUACAACCCGUUCAUGGCGUACCUCGUCGAUGUCGACGACGACGGCGAUUUGGACUUGUUCGCGGGCAAGCUUGCACACGCAGGCGUGUACUGGUGGGAGAACAACGGUGUGUAUCCGUUUUCGCAGCGGACGCUCGUCUCGACAGCCUUUGCUAGUGAGAUCUCGCUGCUGUUCGGCGACUAUAACAACGACACGCUGCUUGAUGUUGUCAUGAAGCGAGACGAUGAAAUGCUGUACAUGCACCUUAACGAUGGCGCCGGGUCGUACACGCAGUCGCUGCUCUACACGCUACCCGCGGGCGCCAAGUUCCGCUUCCCGCCGCCCAACUCGCCGUGGUGGCCCUCGCGCGGUCUCGACUUUGAUCACGACGGGUGCCCGGACUUUGUGAUCGGCGUCGCGUCGCCAGGUAUCCACUACGGCAACUGCGACGGUACAUUCACCUUUGUGGCAGAGAGUGUAUUUACUGCUUCCGAGGAUCAUCUAGCAUUUGUCGACAUCGACCACGACGGCGAUAUGGAUGUCCUCGGCACCGUCUCGUGGUUUGAGAACCUGGCGCCGGGGUCACGUGCGAUCAAAUUCUCGGCAGCCAACGCGCGCCACACAUCGUUUGGCACCGGCUCACCGCCGUCGUUCACGUACCUUGUCUUUGGCGAAACGAUGAACCCGGGCGCCCGCGCCGUUCUGUUCCGUCCCGACAAGGUGGUCUCUCGAGUCGUAGCAGUCGCGUCGAUCGGCGCAGGCAUUUUUGAUUGGACAUGCAUUGCGCCGAGUUGCACGGACGUAGGGUGUGUGACGGACGCCGUGGCCGCGGCGGUGGUCUCAGGAACGGACGCUGUCGUGGUGCCGCCGCGCACAUUCUCGGGUGGCUGUCCAUCGACAUACGAGCCGCUGACGAGCGCCCAGGUGCGGCUCGUCUCCAACUCGAGCACGGUGCCGUUCACACUCGACUGCGGCGGCUCGGGCGUGCUGUUCUCGGUUGAGGGCGACGCGCGGCUGGUGAUCCAGGGUAUGACGCUUAGCCACGCCGGACAUUCCGACUCGCUGGUCGAUCCCGGACCAGCACUCCGCGUCGCCGGUGCGAUGCUCGCCGUGAGCGGCUCCUCUUUCAGCGCAUGCUCGACGGCCAGCGCGGCGUCGCCUCAGCUCGGUGGCGCCGUGGCUGUCGGUGUCGGCGCCACAGCGGUGUUUGAGGACGUGUUGUUCACGGGAAACACCGCGUCGCAGCACGGCGGCGCGGUAGGCGUGCUCGGCGCGAGCGCAACGUGCACCAUGGUGAAUGUGACGUUUGCGGGCAACUCGGCGGCCGUCGGGGGUGGUGCGUUGUACGGCGGCCUUUCGGGGAAUGGGCUCAACGACCCUGUGCCACCGGCGACGAUGAUGUGCACCGGGUGUGUCUUCAGCGGGAACACGGCUCUGUUUGGUGGCGCAGUGGCGGGGUUUCCGGCGAUCGCAGGCAUUGCGUCGCUUGCGGCGUCGCGCUCACCGGCGCGCGUGUUUCCCAUGGCAAGAGGCGCAAGCCCGCCAUACGGAUCUCCGAGCGCGCGACUGGCAGCCGCCCCGGUACUACUCGUGGCGUCGACGCUGAGCGGGAACUCGGCCAAGUAUGGCGGAAGCCUCAGCAUGUGCGAUCUGACUCUCGGCCUUGCUGACGUGAGUGUGGCGAGUAGCACGGCAAGCCAAGGCGCGUUUGCGUACGUGUGCCUCACGUCGUCGAACGAGACGAGCGCGGCGUAUUGGAGCCAUCCACUGGUUGCCGCCGACGCAAGUGGCGCGCCGUGGCUUGCUGCCGACAGCGCGUCAUGGGCGUCGCUGCAGGCUGCGCUAGCGACGGAGAGCGCACCGUUUUCGACGCCGCCGUACGAAUUGGUCGUGCCGAACGCGGCGUCGCUACCGAGCCAGACGAUGUCUGGCGUCAUUUCGUCUUCGUUCGAGCUCGGCCUCCGCGACGCAUACGGGACAACCCUCAUCGACGAGGACGUGACGUUAACAAUUGCCACGAGCGCAGUGGCAAGCGACGUCCGGCUCGACGUCUCGCUGUCGAGCGUAAGUCUGAGCGCGUCCGUGGUCGCCAUUCCGGGCCUGAUUCUGGAGGACCAGUCUGCGCCAAACGCGACGGCAGAGAACGCAGUCGGCGGCGCGCUCGGGUCAGUGGUCGGGCUCACCGCCGGCGUCGUCGUCGAGCCCGCGGCUACCCAGGCGAUCGACAGCCUGGCGAGCGCGCCGCUGCUGCGGUUCGAGCACGCGGUGAUGCUUGUGGGAUGCCUCCCCGGAUUUGGAAGGGUGAGCAUCCUUCCGCUACGGUGCUCGCCGUGCCUGCCCGGCUCGGCGGCCGACAUCGUGCCGUGCACCCGGCCCGGAGCGUGCGCCGGCGACAACGUGUGCACCCCCGGAUACGAGGGCGUCCUCUGCGCCGCGUGUUCGCCCGGGUACUACACCGCAUCGGACACGUCGUGCCGGGCGUGCCCGCCCCACUCGGCACUGCUCUUUGGUGUCUUUGUGAUCGCUUGUCUCGCUGUCGUCUUUGUCGCCGUCAUUUUCGCCGUCCGCUCGCUGGCGCCGCGGGCGCGGGCGUCCGUGCGCCCCAAGCCGGCCUCGUCGGACGAUGGCCUCGUGCUCGUCACACGCGUAGAGAGUCUCUCGGCCUCGUCGGGCUCGUCGCCGAUGGCACCGACGACGUCGUCGGUUGUACUCUCUGGCUCAUCGUCGGCCUCAUUGUCCUCGCUCGUCUCGUCGUGCACCAUGUCUCGACCGGGUGGUCGGGCGACCUCGCGGCUUGCCGCGCAGCGGCGGUUGUCGGAACAAGAGGAGGAAGCGAUCGGGUCGUCAUCAGACGAUGGCGCGAGUCUGGCGAGCGAAGUAGAGCGCGAGACGGGGCUCAAAAACGGUGCGCCGCACGCGCUCUCGGUCGGUGUCACCUUUCUGCAGGUGCUGGCGCUCAUCGGCCAGACCGAGCUCUCGUGGCCGGCGUCCGUGAAGCAAACAUACGAGGUGAUCGGCUCACUUGUGGCGGUCAACCUCAACCUCGUGGCCGGCGAGUGUGCGCUGACAUCGUUCUAUAUCAAGUAUCUCUUUGCGCUCUCACUCCCGCUCCUAUUUGUCAUCACAUCGCUCCUGGCCAUUCUCCUUGUCAAGGCGCUCAUCGCGCUGCGCGUGCAAGCCGGCUCGCCGCUGCGGAUGGUCACGGUGGGUCUCAUUCUUGAGCGCGUCCUUCUUGUGGUCUUUCCGCUGAUUUACCUCCCUGUGGCUCUCACCUCGCUGCAGCUCUUUGACUGCACGGCGUCGGUGGACGGUAAGUACUACCUCGACGUCGACCCGUCCAUCGCGUGCUUUGACAGCGCAUGGUGGCUGGCGCUCCCGUGCUCGCUUGCGUCGUGUGCGCUUUUUGUGGUCGGCUUCCCGACGUACACGCUGCUGGCGGUGUACACGCGGCGGCGGCGACUUCGCGAGGCGCACGUCGUCGUCCGCUUUGGCCUCCUCUACUACCUGUUUCGCGAUGCGCUGCCGUUUUUCUUCACCAUCCAGCUCCUCUUCCGGCUUGCCGUGGUGGCGGUCAUCCUCUUUUUCUCCUCGAUUCAGGUCUGGCUCCUCACAGGGUGCAUCGCGCUCUUUGGCGGCUACUGCGGCGUCCUCCUCCGGCACACACCGUUCCGGGCACCACUGUACAACCGCCUCGAGCUGCGGCUCAAUCUCUCAUCGGCGGCCAUCAUCAUCGCAGGCAUGGCGUUCUGGGCCGACGACUGGCCCAACGACACAUCGCACACUGUGUUCACUCUCCUCACCCUUGCCGUCAUCGCCUUUGCCCUCUCCCAGCUCAUCUGGGUCGGCGGCCGCGAGGUCCUCCGCAUGCCCUAGCCGCGCGUUGUUGGCAUGCGUCGAUAACUCAUUGGGCGACCCAGCAAGGCCCUGCUUGCGGCCGCAUGCUCGCCGAUGUUGGCCCGCUGGCGAUCUGUAGGGAAGCACCCACUCGCCAUCACAGUAACAAGCAGCACUCCAGCCGCCAACAACUACUCUUCUUCGCAAAAGGUUACACUCUCCUCAAGCCAUCCCAGACGCGCCACCGGCUCACUGGUCGAAGACAUUGUUGUACGUGGCCGAGUCAACAACGCUCUCGGUCCUGGCCGCAUACGUGACCGAGC